UAUCUAGCCAGCGGCGGCCCACCGCCCAAUCUCUCUCCUCCUCGGCCGCCUCAAACCUUCCACCUCCACCCCCCCCCCUCGUCCUCCCGCACAGCCGAAACCCUAGCUCCACCGAUCUCUCUGCAGCCCGCGGGGAGGGGAUGGCGGCGGCACCGGCGGCGGGAGGGCAGGGCGGCGGCAUGGACACCGCCCUCCUCGACGAUAUCAUCCGCCGGCUGCUCGAGGUGCGGACGGCGCGCCCGGGGAAGCAGGUGCAGCUCUCCGAGUCGGAGAUCCGCCAGCUGUGCACUGUAUCCCGAGAAAUCUUCCUCAGCCAGCCUAAUCUCCUCGAGCUCGAGGCGCCCAUCAAGAUCUGCGGUGACAUCCAUGGUCAGUACAGUGACCUUCUAAGGCUUUUUGAGUAUGGGGGUUUCCCCCCAGAAGCCAAUUAUCUAUUCUUAGGUGACUAUGUUGAUAGAGGCAAACAAAGUUUGGAAACCAUAUGCCUCCUCCUCGCGUACAAAAUCAAGUACCCGGAGAACUUUUUUCUUCUCAGAGGAAAUCAUGAGUGUGCAUCAAUAAACCGGAUAUAUGGAUUUUAUGAUGAAUGCAAACGCCGAUUUAAUGUGCGGCUAUGGAAGGUCUUCACUGAUUGUUUUAACUGUCUCCCUGUGGCUGCACUAAUUGAUGAUAAAAUAUUAUGCAUGCAUGGCGGCCUCUCUCCUGAUCUGACACAUUUAGAUGAGAUAAAGAGCUUGCCCCGUCCUACUGAUGUACCAGAUACAGGUCUACUAUGCGACUUACUUUGGUCAGAUCCAGGAAAAGAUGUUCAAGGUUGGGGGAUGAAUGACAGGGGGGUAUCAUACACUUUUGGUGGUGACAAAGUUUCAGAAUUCCUGGAAAAACAUGACCUUGAUCUUAUUUGCCGAGCACACCAGGUUGUUGAGGAUGGAUAUGAAUUCUUUGCCGACAGGCAACUUGUCACCAUAUUCUCGGCUCCAAACUAUUGUGGUGAAUUUGAUAACGCAGGUGCAAUGAUGAGUGUUGAUGAAACUUUGAUGUGUUCUUUUCAAAUUCUUAAACCUGCUGAGAGAAAAAACAAAUUUAUGGCAUCAAACAAAAUGUGAAACGGUGAAGCCCUUUUCGCUCAUAGCGACUCUGAGGCUGUCCUGUGGUGCAUCUAGACAUCAAGGUGCAGGUGCUAGGCUUGAAGCAACAUUGGGCUGAUUCUGCCGGAGAAGCCAAAUAAUAUCAUAUCUAACAGUUGGUCUGGAGGUUACUUUUCAUGGCAAGUGCCAUUUUUUUCCAUUUUCUGUUAUCAUGUGCGAAACUCCCGUAGAUGUAGAUAUAUUGAUUAUGGAAGGAUUAAGUUGCCAAUUGACCUGAGGCGGUUUCCUUCUGCAGCCAGGAAAAAAAAAUCUGAAUAUGGAGUUUCUGUUUGGUAGUUUCACUAUUUAAAAGCACAUGUAUCGCUUGUAUGGAGGUAACAACUUAUGCAAGCCCGUGUUUUAUGUUGCUUGUAAGCGAAAUUCGAUGAGCUUUAUCUUGUU